GUGAUUCUUAUCUUCACAUCUUGACCAUCUUUCACUUGUAUUGCCAGCGCCAUAGUCCUGUAUUAGCCAUGUCUGCAUCUCAUGCAUCCACUUCUGGCACUCUGAAUGCCAGAAGCCAUUACCGACCUCUGAAGCUGAGCCUUGCAACAAUUUCCUGCACAUUGGCAAUGGCUGGAUCGCGCGUCCGUGCAUGCAUCUCUCAAUAUCGGACGGAAGCUGCCAACAAUGGUCUAUCUGCUGACCGGAUCAAGUAUUUUAAAGCCGGGCUGCAAUGGGAGAUGAGUACAUUUGUCACACCACUCCUGCAGUACUCCGCUUCACAGAAUAUCGUGUCGGUUCUUCCGGUCCCUGUCGCUUAUAUCCUUAAGUUGUAUCCCAUGCUCACCUGGAACACAGUUCCGGACGACGUCUUUUCAUUCCACCUCCUUUCAUUUCAUGAUGAGCCAAUUGCAGGACAUCCGUCCCGGAUUGUGUUCGCAUAUACAUGUCCAUGGUGGAGGGGAAACAACUGGAUCCCUGAUCAACCAUGGCAGUGGGAUGAAAUAAUGGCUUCCUGCGUCUCUCACUACCAGUAUUGGGCGCUUAAUGUUGAGGAUGAUGCUUUGGUACUUCCAGAGAAGUUGAAAAACACUUCGACUCCACCACUCAUGGGACUGAGGUUCAUCAAAGAACGCAUGGAAGCAUUGCUGGAGGAGCAAGAUCAGGGCAUCAAAGACAAGAUGGCAGAGGUGAAGAUGUACACUGACAUGUUAGAGAAAUUGAGGAAAGGCAAAGGAGUGUCCCGAGUCCCGAAUUUUGGAGGUCGGGGUUCGGAGACCCGGAGCUCGGCAACUGUGUUGGGUGUCAGGGUAUCCAGACUAUUGGAGAUAGCAUGUGGACUCGGUAUUCAGAACAGUGUCAAGUCCCAGGUCACGAGCUCCGAGUCCCGAGUGCCGAACCCCGGGUCCCGAGUCCCGAAUUUCGGAGGUCGGGGUUCGGCGACCCGGAGCUCGGCAACUGUGUUGGGUGUCAGGGUACUCGGAGCAUUGGAGAUAGCAUUUGGACUCGGUAUUGAGAACAGUGUUGUGUCCCAGGUCACGAGCUCCGAGUCCCGAGUGCCGAACCCCGGGUCCCGAGUCACAAAUUUCGGAGGUCGGGGUUCGGCGACCCGGAGCUCGGCAACUGCUGGGUUUGCCGAGCUCCGGGUCGCCGAACCCCGACCUCCGAAAUUUGUGACUCGGGACCCGGGGUUCGGCACUCGGGACUCGGAGCUCGUGACCUGGGACUUGACACUGUUCUGA